ACCGAAUAUGCGGCUACAAAUUAAAAGCUGGAAUUUUGCUUGAAGAUGGUAUCGUUCUCUUUGAAGUGCAGUCUACAUAUUUGAAAGACAGACAUGGCAGGUAACAUAGGACACAAAGUUGUUGUUGACAUCAAUCUCACUUCUCUUGAUGUAAAAGAUGAUGGUGAUGAGGAAGAUAUGACUGAUGAAGAUGAACUCCUGACAGAUGAUGAUGAAAAUGAAGAUGAUGUGCAUGAAGAAAUACCACUCUCUUUAACCGGUGGCAAGUACAGUGGCAGAGAACAGUCAAGAGUUCAACUGACUGCUCGUCCAGCCAGGGAAAGGAAACAAAAACAACAGUUCAAUUGGGCAAAUUUCAAUUGGACUUAUAAAGAAAAACAACAGUUACUUGGAGCCCUUAAAAAAUAUCCACCUUCAGCUGUUGACCUGAUACAUGCAGAAGUUUCUACCAAGACAAAAUUACAGAUAAAAGAUUACUUGAACAAGAUUCACAAAUCUAUCCAAUGGAAAAGUGACAAUCCAAUGCCUAUUGUGGAUUGGAUCAACAUGGGACGAGAUCUGGUGAGAACGGAGAAGAAAGACUACACUGACAGUUUACAGAGGGCUAUGUCAAUAAUUAGCAGCUUUGAGGAUCAUCCCAAGCCUGCUAAGAGGGUACCUGACUACAAGGCUAUUUAUAGAUACUUGGCCCUGGUCCUGGAGGGAAAAGAACUGCCCUUGUUGGGGCCACUAGAGAGUGCGGUCGUGCUUGACCUUCUUCAUGGUGUGGUGAACAAAAUUGCUGUGUCUGAGACAUCUAGACAGCGACAGGUGAUGAAAUGGAAAUACAAGCUUCUUUCUGGAAAAGUGGACACAUCAAACAGCUUGCCAUUCAUCAAACAGGCUCGCAAGGCUCUCUCUAAUGAUUUUACUGAUUUUGAAGGCCAAUCAAGCAGUAAUAUCAAUAAAGUAGGGAGAGAUGUAAAUACAGAGACCAGUCCAGGAAACGUGCCUUCUUCUUCCAGUCAGCUUCCAGCCAAUACAAGAACAGAAGCCAGUAAAAAAACUAACACCAGUAAGCUGCCAGAGAAAACCACCACAAGUAAUAAACCAGCUACUAUUUCCUCUGAAUCCUCAGCUGUAGUUAAUUCUAGAAAAAGCCUGGUAGUAUGUGAAACUGCAGGAACAUCACAGAACACUGAAAAGUCAGACAACCCUUCAUCUGUAGUUCAUCAACAGGAAGGACUACCCAAAACACAACAUAAACAAAAUAGAUUUGAAUUAUCAAGCUUAAGAACUGAGAAUGACAUUACAGUUGAUAGAAAUAUGUAUGUCACUGUUGACAAAACAGAUGAAGGAAACAAGAGCAUUGAUAUGGGAAAGCUUCAGGGAAAGAGAAGAAUCGUCGAGAAUAUACAACAGAAAGAUGAUAGGGCUUUGAUACAGGAGGAGGAUUGUCCACCGGUCAAACGCCAACGAGGUGAUGUUAACAACAUAAACUUGUGUCCUCAGCCAGAUUUACAGGUUGUUACUGUAGACACUGGUGGUAAGAUCACCAACUCAAAACAGACAGGGAGGUCGACCAGCAGUGAAGGACAGAACAGCACAGCAUCUGAAGGGAGUCAGUCUUCGUCAGCCCAUGAGAAUGGACCUCAAGCACCUAAAGACCAGUCACACUCAACUGGAAAAAAACGCAGACUGGUUGGCCGGCCACCAAAGGGCAUGAUAAAGACAGAGGAUGAAGGUGAUUCCUCCCAAACUAAGGAUAAGUGGCACUGGAGGAGGCCAGGUAGACUUGUAGGGUCGAAAAAAGUUUAUCCAGAAAGACAAGAAAAAGCUCCUGAGGACCCAUCAGAGAUUCCAAAAAAACCUUCACUUUAUACUUUGAACCCUUUCUGUGUUCCAGUGAGUCUUCUUCCUCUCCAUAAUAAAUCUAUAUCUUUGCCAGUCCAAACAGUAACAUUAAAGAAACAGAUUCCUGCCAUCAUCCCAAAGAAACAUAGUCCUAUGUUUAAUAAGAGAAAAAAUGAUGGAGUGACUUCGGUUAGUAUUCACAGAAUGGCCGCUGUCAUUCCAGUGUCUAAACAGCAUGUUCUACUUCCUAACGCUGCGUCACAGAAGUCUCAAUCAUAGGUUCCACAGGGAUCUGAAUCAGAAAUAAAUUUGCAGUGAAAUGAAAUAAAACAAUGCUUGUUCCA